ACGAGAACAGCGAGCUCUGCUGGGGUUCACACCGGAAUACGUUUAUUGUGAAGGGACGCCAGUUCCGGUCGCGAGUGACCGUUUGCUGCUAACUUGACAGCGACGGUCCGCCGAUGAGCCGUCUUCUCACCAGGGUCGGACCAUGGAAUAAAUAUGGCCCACAAUCGAGGCCACUUCUUCCAAGCUCUGGAAAGAUCAGAGACCAAGCGAGAUGGAGGCUUCAAGCACAAGUGGAACUUCACCUUCUCUGGAGACAGUGACGAGGAAACGGAGCAGGAUGAGAGUGUGGUGAGCUCGGAGCCGACGAGCCGACAGGAGAACUCCUCUCCUGAGGGGAAGCAGUUUACCUCGGCAGACUCCCGGAGAACAUACGAGAACAAGCUGUCGCCAAAAAGACUGAGCAGUGAUGUCCCCGUCUCCGUAGCAGCGUCAUCACACCUCCCCAACCGAACCAACUACCUGAUCAUCAGCCCAGCGCCGUCGCAGGGGAUCGUGCUGCAGGGUCGGCACUUCCAGCACGCACAGAUGCCCUCAGCCACCCGAAGCCCGCUCCAAAGGAACAGCUUCUCUCAGCAGCCGCAGCAGCAGCCCGUCGAGGUGGACAACAUUGUGCUCACCUGUCCAGAGCCCGCAGAAGAGUCGUUCAACAUCAAGCGCCGCGUCCAGCAGAAGAGACGACCGUCAGAGGAGUUCUGUCGACUGACACCGCAGCUCAGAGCAACACAGCCUGUCUCCGUGAGGGUCUUCCAGACGGUGUGUGGAACGUGCUUGCAGCCGUGUGAGGACCCAAACAAGUGCGAGACCUGCAGAGACGGUCCUGUCACGCCACCCAACCCGACUCCCAGACCUCCCAUUAGAAUCCCGUCCACCUCCAGCCCCAACGACCUGCUGCAGAGCUUCCACAGGACACCGCGAGCGUCCGCCACCAACGACGGCUCGCCUCUGUCGACCACUGCCACAAGCUGCGGCCUCAAGAUGGCGCUGGGUGCCAGGAGGACGGUGCAGAAACACAAGCUCAACGACCCCAUCAUCUUGUCCAGUGACGACGAGGCAGACGAGGGAAGCACGGAGAACGUCAACAGGCUGGACAAUGUGUCGCCAUGUCCGGCUGACUCGGCACAUUCCUCUCCAGCGCCCUCUGGGGGCCGAGUGGAGGCAGCGGUGAAGAGUGGCGAGCAGCAGCAGCCGGAGGAGGAUGGGGAGGAGCUCGGGCCAGAAUUGCUUGAAGACAUGAAGGUGAACGUCACGAUAUCUCGCAGAGCCAAGAUGAAGGACCAGUUUGGGAACCAGCCGGCAGAGCAUAACUCUUCGCGGACGAAGAAGCCGCGAGUCACAGAGGGCAAGUGCUACAACAUCGUCCUGGAAUGUCGGAGUGUGAGAGUCGGGACGCUACGGCGGAUGGUAGCAAAGCCCGUCAUCUUCGAUGUGGACUACAUCCUAGUGGAGAUGAAAGGCUCUGAGCCUGGUGUGGAGGAGACGCUGCGCGUGGAGACGUCCGAGAUCAUCAGCUGCGAGUGGUGCAACGUGAGGAAGCUGCCCGUCUUGUUCUUCCAGACAUCUGCGGACGGCUGCAGUCGCCUGCGCAGGCACUUCAGCAUGUCCCGCGAGGAGGGCGUGUGGUACGACAGUGCGGGUGACGAGCUGGACGAGAAGUACAUCGUCCUGAUCUUCGAGAACGGCCUGCCGCUGAGGGAGCAGCAUAUCCUGGAGGAGAUCCUGGGAGACAUCGGGAAGACCAACAACCUGCUGGACUUCCCCUCCAGACUCACCUUCGAUGAGGCCAACUGUCGCCUGGUCAACUUCCACAAGCUCAACCCCACUGAAUCUCCUGCCAAAACCUCAGCGGCCUGCAGGGCGGCGCCCUCCAUUAUGGCCACACGCACACGCAUGUCCACGCGCCAACACGCCAGCGUCAGCUACCAGGAGGAGGAGGAGGAGGAGGACAUGAGCGAGAUCCAGCCCACCUUCUCUGGACCCGUCAUCAAGUUGAUGGUGUAUCCUCCCCCUCCGGCCAAAGGGGGCAUCUCGGUCACCAAUGAAGACUUGCACUGCCUUAAUGACCGCGAGUUCCUCAAUGAUGUCAUCAUAGACUUUUAUUUGAAGUACCUAGUGCUGGAGAAGUUGAAGAAGGAGGAGGCCCAGAGGAUCCACGUCUUCAGCUCCUUCUUCUACAAGAGGCUGAACCAGAGGGAGAGGCGGGCGCUGCCCGACUCUAGCAACCUGCCGAUUCCAAAGAGGAAACACAACCGGGUCAAGACGUGGACUCGGCAUGUGGACCUGUUUCAGAAGGACUUCAUCUUUGUUCCCAUCAAUGAGUCGGCUCACUGGUACCUGGCGGUCAUCUGCUUCCCCGGCCUGGAUGCUCCGCUCUACGAGCCCAACCCUCUGUAUCACACGCCCACCGCAGGUUCCCCCCCGCCUGAGGACCACAUCCCAGACCACUGUCGGCCCCUGUCCCCGGACAGAGACGGGCUGGAGGACGGCAGCAACCUGCCCGACGGUCCAAUGGAGGAGGAGGAGGAGGUGGCACAGGAGGGGGCAGAGGUCAGAGGUCAGGAGGCCAGCAACGGUCAGGCCGAGUCGCAGUUCAGCAGUGAGUUGCAGCGCAUCCAACUGUGUUAUGGCACAGGAGACGACCCGUUCACCUUCUCUGAUGACCAGAGUUCCUGUCAGGACGACCUCAGCGAGCAUGAGGAGCCGCUCUCCUCCGACACCAGCUCUCUGACGUCCCAACCCACCAUCUGCAAGCAGCCGUGCAUCCUCAUCAUGGACUCGCUGCGAGGCCCGGCCCGGUCCAGUGUGAUCAAGACCCUGAGAGAGUACCUGGAGGUGGAGUGGGAGGUGCGGAAAGGGACGGAGCGUAGUUUUGGGAAAGACUUGAUGAAAGGUUCGAGUCCCCGAGUGCCUCAGCAGGACAACUUCAGCGACUGUGGCGUAUAUGUGCUGCAGUACGUGGAGAGCUUCUUCCAGAACCCCAUUCCCAACUUCCACCUGCCGCUGAACCUGUCCGACUGGUUUCCGCAGCAGCGCAUGAAGACGAAGCGGCAGGAGAUCCGAGGUCUGAUCCUGCAGCUGAAGGAGCAGCAGGAGCACAGCGAGCCCGCCGCCACCGCCACCCACUCCUCAGAGGACGGCGAGAUCCAAGAGACGGCCUCGUCAGCCUGAGCCUGCCGCUUUUAGAGGAAGAGACUGAGCUUCGCCCAGCCACGUGUAAAUAUAUACGUUGGAGUUUAUUUCGUUGCCUUUGGAACUGACGCACACGCCCCAGGUCUCCCCCCUAACUUAUGUUGCUGUAGAUGCAGCGCCCCCAUCAGGAGGCCACACCCCUGCGUCUCUUUUUUAAGUUGGGGAGUUGGUGAAUGAGAGAAGCUGAACUUAGUUCUCCUGCAGGUGGCGCCGAGUCCCCACGGCCCCACUCGUCUGUUGAAUGUGAAGGAGAGUUCUGCGAAUUAAAGGAAGUUUUGAUGAGUGUGUGUGUCACCUGCUGUGGCCCUGACCCCUGGCCUCCACCCCGUUACACACGGGGACAGUGAACCGCCGUUGUCCGUGCCAUGAUCCCGCUUGGUUCAGCGGGUCCAGUGGCUGGAGUUCCAGCAGGACGGAGGAGGUGACGUCGACGGUGUGCCUCCUCCUCGUGUGGGGUGCUGCAGGGGCUGACCACUAACCUUCUUUCCUCUGGUUUUCCCUGUGUGGAGCUUCCGGCUGCUUCCAUCUUCCCUGAAGGAAACCUGCGGUGUUGGUGGUCUCCUCACCAGCUGUCCUCCCACAGACAUCUUGGUUCCAUGAUUUGUAACUUGUUCUUAUCCGUUGACAACUUUUUAACCACCUUCAUGCACCUCACAGUUGUCUUCAUAUCUCCCCUCCACAACCUGUUUCUCUCACACACACACACACACUAUAUAUGUAUAUAUAUAUAUAUAUAUAUAUAUAUGUGUAUAUAUAUAUAUAUAUAUAUAUAUAUAUAUAUAUAUAUACACACACACACACACACAUAUGGGCAAAAAUCACGUAAAACCGUAAAGGUUAUUUCCUUCCUGCUUCUUUGGAACCACCCAAGUCCAUUUCCAUUCAUUAUGUGGAGACAGAAGUGGCAGCAAGCGCGUGAGGUCGCUGCUCACCUUUCUUCACCGCCUUCCCGAAUUGGCCUGCGUCAUCACCGUGCGCCCACCAUCAAAGUCGUUUUUUUAAUGGUCAUUGUACAUUUUAUGUGCGACAGAAAUGAGAAACAAAGAUAAACAU